GCCGCCGGAGCUAGAGCACAGCCGGGUGGGCUCUGGGGUUGGCGGCCUGGGGGCCGGGGAAGUUUGCACCGCCGCGCCCAGUGCUGCGAUCCUGAGCCGGGCUUCAGCCCCGAGGACUAGGGGUCGGGCGGGCCGGCCUACGGAACCCCGCGGGCCAGCAGCCGUCGUCUCGCGUCCUCCUGCUUGGGAACCUGGGGAACAGAUGGAUGAUGCGAUUUAGUGGAAAUCAGCCAUGAAUGCCGGCUGGCCCUGCGCCACUGUUUGGAUGCGAUAGUAUUCCAUGUGAAUGAACAUGACCGGGAGCUUCCAGCUUGUCCACGAGAGCACAGCCUCUGCAGGGAGCGCCGGUCGACUUGUAGUAUCCAUCGACUUGGGCAGCGAUUUCCUGACAUGUCUGCUGAUUAAAUAGAAAUGCCAUUUUUAUUAAGAACGACACCAGUUGAACAACCUUUCGCGAAUGUGUUUCCUCGUCAAAUAACUCUCAACCUACAAAAAGAAAAGUGUUUAAGCUUCUAAAAUGUCAUCUAUCAAGCACCUGGUUUAUGCAGUUAUUCGUUUCUUACGGGAACAAAGUCAGAUGGACACUUACACCUCGGAUGAACAAGAAAGUUUGGAAGUUGCAAUUCAGUGCUUGGAGACAGUUUUUAAGAUCAGCCCAGAAGAUACACACCUAGCAGUUUCACAGCCUUUGACGGAAAUGUUUACCAAUUCCUUCUGUAAGAAUGACGUUCUGCCCCUUUCAAACUCAGUGCCUGAAGAUGUGGGAAAAGCUGACCAAUUAAAAGAUGAAGGCAAUAACCACAUGAAAGAAGAAAAUUAUGCUGCUGCAGUGGAUUGUUACACACAGGCAAUAGAACUGGAUUCCAAUAAUGCGGUUUACUAUUGCAACAGGGCUGCUGCUCAGAGCAAAUUAGGUCACUAUACAGAUGCGAUAAAGGAUUGUGAAAAAGCAAUAGCAAUUGAUUCAAAGUACAGUAAGGCCUAUGGGAGAAUGGGGCUGGCCCUCACUGCCAUGAAUAAAUUUGAAGAAGCAGUUACAAGUUAUCAAAAGGCAUUAGAUCUUGACCCUGAAAAUGAUUCCUAUAAGUCAAAUCUGAAAAUAGCAGAACAGAAGUUAAGAGAGGUAUCUAGUCCUACGGGAACUGGACUGAGCUUUGACAUGGCUAGCUUGAUAAAUAAUCCAGCCUUCAUUAGUAUGGCAGCAAGUUUAAUGCAGAACCCUCAAGUUCAACAGCUAAUGUCAGGAAUGAUGACAAAUGCCAUUGGGGGACCUGCUGCUGGAGUUGGGGGCCUAACUGACCUGUCAAGCCUCAUCCAAGCGGGACAGCAGUUUGCUCAGCAGAUACAGCAACAAAAUCCUGAACUUAUAGAGCAACUGAGAAAUCACAUCCGGAGCAGAUCAUUCAGCAGCAGCGCUGAAGAGCAUUCCUGAUUUGACCCGGGGCUCAAGCCCAAGAUACAAAUGGUUUAUGGCUAUGAAUGAAGUAUUUGUUGUAGAUAGUCCCCUCCCUCGUUCAAAAAACCAAACAACAUAUCUGAUGUGUGAAAAUAAUGGAGGAAAACCUCUUGUGUAUAUUCUUAAAGAAUAAAUCCGUUUAGACAAUAGGUUUAUCACAGACAAACUGAAAACAUAACAUGACUCCUUUGGAAGUGAUCACUAGCCUUGUUGAGUGCCAAUAUAGCACUGGGAUAAGGUUCCAUUUUCAAACUUCUAUCAUAUUUGUAUAUUAGACUUAAUAGCAAAGUAUAUUUAUUGAACUCUAGUAGGACUAUUUGUUGGUAAGCUCUUUAGCUCCAAUUUCCUUUAAGCAGUUUUUUGAGAGGGGAAAUGACCCAAAGGAAAGGUUUCCUAUGCUGGUUGAGAAGAAGUGUACUUGCCACUGAGCAGUAUGUCAGGAAAGAAGGAAUAUUAUCUAUGUUUAGCUUUGAUAAGUGCUAUCAGUAAUGAAUAUAUAACAUGGGAACCAAUAUGAUCUUUAAUGU